ACCUAUCGAUUCUUGCUGCCCGACCGCACAACCAUCCAACCCUAGCCAGAGUCAGAGUCAGACCAGCGGAAGCACAAGGCCGAGACGUGAUGGGCAAACCGCGCGCGUACACGUGACCGCGUUUCCAGACGCGCUCAUCUAGCCCUGACACUUCCCUCUUUCUUCUCCCUUCGAACGCGACCAUGCCCGCGCCCCGCCCCUCAGACGGCAUGCCCGACAUCUACGACUCCAUGAAGUCCAUCUUCACCGACGCCCUCACCAACGAGCGCUCCCACACGCGCAACUCCGCCGCCCUCUUCGCCCUCCACUGCGCCGUCGUCUACCGCGGGGUCCAGAUGGAGUGCGGCGGGAAGCAGGGCGGGUACGAGUUCAUGGAGUGCUUUCUGUACUUCCUCGGCCAGUGCCUGCACAUGAAGGCAGCGCGUCCGGCCGACCUUGGCCUGCGCUUCGUCGCGGCGUAUAUCGAGUAUCUGAACGAUUCUGUGGGCCAGGACGGCCAUGAUCACCUCCAGUUCUACCCCCAGGAUCGCGGCGAGCCCGGUCCCUCCUCCUCGUCAACCCCCGGUCCCUCCUCCGGCCCACCUCCGCCCCCCACCCACGACCCCGCCCCCUGGUUCACCGGCCGCGUCCUCAAAGCCCUCCGGCACGCUCUCGCCGCGCCCACCCUAACCAUCCGCCGCCGCGCCAUCGACACUGUAUCCCGCACGUUCGGCACCCUUGGCGCGAUCGACGCGCGCGUGGUCGACAAGGUGAGGGCGGAGGUGCGCGAGCGGCUGACGGACAAGGAUCGGGCGGUGAGGGCGGGCGCGGCGAGGUCGUUGUGCAGGCAUAUGGGAGCGACGAUGGUUGGUGGGCAUGUGGCGGCGGAGGGCGACCGCUCGAAUGCUGGGGACGAGGGGCGGUUGAUCGACGCCGAGGACGAGGUCCUUCUGAUCGAGGCGAUGACCUGCGAUCCUGCGAUCGACGUGCGGCUCGCCAUCGUGUCCUACAUCCCCAUCACGGAGAACACGGUCCCCCACCUUCUUCUGCGCUCUCGGGACGACGAGCGCGACGAGAAGUCUGCGAGAAAGGUCGCGCAGGUGGAUGCGAGGGUGCGCGCGGCCAUGUAUCGGAGGUUGAGGGAGAAUAUCGCCGUGGAGGGUGCACGGCGGGACGGCGCCGCGGGGGAUGCACGACCGAACGCCGCCGCGGAGGGUGCACGACCGAACGCCGCCGCGGAGGGUGCACGACCGAACGGCGCGAUCGUCGAGAAGCUCAACGACACGGUCAUCGACAGGCUCCUCGCCUACGGGCUCGACGAUCGCAGUGAGGACGUGCGAAGGGAGGUGGGAAGCUCGUCGCGUGCUCACGCGUCUCGGUCUCUCGUCGAGCAAGUCGUACCUGCGCGUCGUAAAGGCGUUCCUCGUCGCGCGUCGUGGAAGUGUUCCUCGUCGUGCGUCGUAGAGGCAUUCCUCGUCGCGCGUCGUAAAGGACUUCCUCUCCGCGCGGCCGAGGGUGUGCAGGGGGCUGGAUCUAAGUGGUGAGUCGCCUUUGCUUCUUUUCUCGUCUCCGCGCCCCCUUCCUCCCCCCUUCGCUUUGAUUCAACCCGUACACCUCGCGCGAUACCAAGACGAGGACUGCGACCCGAAGGCGAUGGCGAGA